AUGGCCGGUAUGCACGUCUCCGGAGUCGUGUCGUUCGAGGAAGGUGCCGCACAUCUCCGCCUGGUGCCGACCAAUCCCAACACGACGCCACCUCCGGCUACGCCGACAGCGACAAGGGUGCCCUGGCCAGCUUCCAACAUCCGGUGCGACGACAAGAUCCAUGAAGCCAUCAUGGAUGGGAAAGCCUUCAUCCACCCCACUCGUGAUCCCAUGACGAAGAAGACGUUGCAGGUCGCCAUGAACAAUAUUCAACGUGCACUCUCUUUGAAAGUUGGGGCCAAUGGUGGUUGGAGCGUAGAAGCUGACUUGCGGCUUCUUCGGCUUUUGGCCUCCAGCAAGAAGCCUUAUGCCAAAGGAAACCACAUCAAGGAUGCCGACAAACUCCUGGCCAUCAAAGACAAGCCGGCGGAAGAUGAUGGUGAACACGACGAUGAUAUGGAACAGACGAACUCCGACACACACGUCCCCGAGCCCAUCGACAACGACGAUGUUCUGGAACAGACGAACUCCGACGCACACGUCCCCGAGCCCAUCGGCAACAUCAUCGACAACAGCGGUCAGAACAACCCGGGAGAGGAGGCCCAGACCAUGGACGUCGAUGGUGCAAGUUCGAGUUCCUCCAGCUCAAGCUCAAGCUCCUCUUCCACACAUAAGAGCGCAUUGCGCCGCCGAGUGCGUCACCUUAAGAGCAUGCUGGAAGAUGUGACGCAGGACCUGUGGGCGGCGAACGAAGCCCUCGGCCUGAACGUGUAA